AUGCUUGCUGCUGAAUUCCGCAAACUAUACUGCCUAUCAGAGCCCAUCGAAGUCAGUCCACAUAUACGCACAUAUGACGCCGUAAGAAUAGACGGACCCGGGACUUUUACGUACUUAGAGCUUUGUUACGCUAAAGCCUUUCAAAUCUCAGUGCUACCAACUCUCGAUGCACUGGAGGAUUUUCAAAGAUUGAGGCAUCCUAGUAUUGUUCCGAUUUUAGAGAUAGUCUAUGAUCCUUCUUCAGGGAUCGUGGGGAUUCUAGUGGAGCAGAUCACUGAUAUGACUCUGCGAGACUUAAUGGACGAUUUUAUAAGGCACAAACUGUCUCUCCCAGAAGAGCAGGUGUGGGACAUUGUUGCUCAGGUCGUCAAGGCUAUGCAAUACUGUCAUUUGGCGUAUAAGCCCGGAUCUCAAAAUCUACGGCGUGUCAUCCAUCGGUGCCUUCAUCCUAACAAUAUCUUUGUUAGUGCGAGCGGCACUGUGCGUGUAGGAUUUCCUGAACUCAGCUUCCUCUUGGGUUGCAUUAAAGCAUCUGAUUUGUCACCUGGUAUACAACGCUAUUUAGCGCCAGAGGUUAUUGCUGAACAAACUGUCUCUGAUAAGUCCGACGUGUGGUCGAUGGGCGUGAUCUUCUAUGAGCUUUGUACUCUGACUCCCCUACUUCCACUUCUUCAAGGCAAUGAACUUAUUGACAAUAUUAAUAUUCUUCGCACGCAUAUUUCAGUGCCCGGAUACUCCUUUGAUAUGUGCGAUGUUAUCAAUGGGAUGCUGUCCAGAGAACCCCUCCACCGCUUUUCUACAUAUGAGCUACUCCAUCAUGAACGGAUUCAAUCAGCUUUGUUGAGACGUGGCCCUGUAGUCGCACAGACUCUACAUCAGACUAUAGAGCCGGACAAAUCUGCCCUUGGGCUCACCGCUUACUCACUGUCCGAGGAUGCCCCCAAGUCUAGCUCCGACAGUGUGGAAAAGAAAAAGGCGCAUAUCAAUAGGCUACAAAAUAGCAGAUACAAGCCCGAGAAGUUUGACGCGGCAACACGUUUGUAUUAUGGUGUAACCGACUCUGGGGAUGAUAUCGAUUUGUCCUACAGGGGAACAGAUUCAGUAGUCACAGGAAAGCCAUAUUCACAGAUUAAUUUCGAACUUAAGCAUGGAGACACUAUGGAUAAAUACAAUAAAGUGCACACCAAUGAUUCUUCACAGACAAGAAUGGAACACAAUCCUUUUUCUGACUCAUCUAUUCAAACCACGCUACCAAGGGAUGGGACUAAAGAAAUCGCCCCUCAAUGUUGCACUUCUAGAUCUAAAUCCAGGUCAGGCUCUAGAGCAUCAGGCCGAUCUAAGUCGCGGAAGUCAGAGUCUCGCUCGCUGCGCAAAUCCAAUGCCAAAGCGGCUAGUGCAUCGUCUGCAAAAGACCAGGCUCCUCCGGCUGAGCUUGAAAAUAUGAUAGAUCAGUAUGUUAGAUCCACUCGGACCGAGAUACCACGGUCUAUUACUACAGACUCCAGCACUAUUGCUAAUACAAUGACAUCGGUGCUAGCCCAGAGCUUAACUGAAAAUGCUAAAGAUGAGAGCUUCCCGCUUCCCCCCACGAUAACGAAUUCAAGUUAUAAGCCGGCCGCAAAGCUGGACUCUAACCUUAAUCUCUGGGUUGAUGACAUAGUCGUGAACGUGCUCCAGAAAAAACACGGAUACUAUACUAUGGAUGAUAUCAAAAACCGGCUCUUUGAAAUUGUUCCUGGAAUGCAGUUGGAGCCAGGUGUGAGUGUCCAUUCUCCCUCCGACCUAAUUGCCAUACAGAUCCUUGCGGAAGAAGUAGAGCGUCGACUCGAGCCUUAUAGAAGCCUGUUCCCGUCAGUGAAUCCAUCAGGGCAGCCAGUAACUGCUAGCUCAACUGCCAGGAGCAUUAGUGAUAUGGUGGAAAAUGAGAGCCAGCUGCCUCAAGAACUCCAAGCAGACAGGCGGGUUUUAAAAUCCUCUCAUCCAAAGGGCAGAAGUUCCAGUCAUCUGGCCCCGCAUGAGCGGAUUAGGCAGAACAUGUCUACACUGGGAACAGCGCACGCCGUUUCAACUCUUUUCCGUAAGGAUACGAGUGCCUCUAUGGAGGACGGUAACUCGUUGCAGAAUACCUCAAUGACUGAGUCCAGCCGGCCAAAGAUGACUACGCUGGAUGACUACAAUGAGCAGAAGAGUAUUUGCAAUGCUAUAAAUGCAGAUGGUUGGAGAGAAACCUGGUCUAACACGACGUAUUCACAACACGUUGUUCCACGCUCUGCAGAGGUAGAGUCUCUCGAGUACACUAGCCGUCCAAUUGAGUACACAAAUUUGAUGAAAGCAGCUACACUGGGUGAUAUCGAUAAGGUGAAGCUCCUUAUCUCUCUCGAGGCCAAUAUAACUACGCGCCAUGGCGUGACUGCACUAAUGUUUGCUGCGGCUGCUGGUCAUCUGAGUGUCGUGGAAACCCUUCUCCCGUAUGAGGCAAAAGGCGUCGACAUGGAUGGUCUUCCUGCUCUGUCGUAUGCGGUCAAAGGAGGCCAUGCUGAGAUUAGCAGGGUCUUGGCGCCCAUAGAAGCAUGCAUCAUUGCCAAGAACGGACUCUCGCCGCUCAUGAUAGCGUGCGAUUACAAUCAGGUAGCAAUAGCGUCCAUUCUCAAAGAAUACGGUGGACGGCUUUGCACAUCGUCUGGAACGACAGCUCUGAUGCGCGCCGCCCAGCGGAAUAGCUACCCGCUCUGUAAAACCCUCUUUGAUGUCGAGGCUGCCAUGCAAAACAACGCUGGAGAGACAGCCAUGCUUAUUGCUGCGAAGCAGAACUAUGUACAGAUAGUUGAGCUUCUUGCAAACAGAGAAAAUAGAAUACCGAAUGCGCAGGGUACAACUGCUCUGAUGAUCGCAGCCUCAAAGAACUUCGUGGAGAUUGUUCGGCUGCUUUAUCGGAUGGAGAGCGAAAUGAAAGACAUCUACAAUGAAACGGCACUGAUGAAGGCAGCUAAGGCGGGCGCCUUGGAUGCCGCAGCCCUCCUGUUGGAGGCAGAGGCAGGAAUGGCACGCGAAGAUGGCAAGACAGCAAUGAUGUGUGCAGCAGAAAUGGAUCGCAUGGAAAUGGUAGAUCUGUUACUCAAAAAGGAGUGCAACAGAGCGAUGAAGGACGGAACCACUGCCCUAAUGCUGGCUGCUCAGAAGGGGCACAGGCGCAUUAUUCAACUUUUGGCACGGUUCGAGGCGAAGAGGCAGCGGGUCUCCGGUGAAACAGCUCUUAUGCUUGCGAUACGUCACCAAAACGUUGACGCUAUAGAGGACUUGAUAAAUUAUGAAGGCGAUAUCGACAUGUACAACGGAACUACCGUAGAAGAGAUUGCCAGGCUGACGGGGAAUCCCACUGUCAUCUGGGCUGUUGCUAGUAGGUUUUCUUAG